CAUAUGCUGAUUCACUUUGCUUAGCAGUAUAUAAAUGCUGAAGUGUUGGAUAGGGUGAGGUUGAUAAAAUGUACAACGUGUAGAUAGACUUUUAAAAAGUUUAGACCUGCUCGUAUGCACUUUGAACAGAACCUGACCUCAAACCAGUUGAAGUAUGUGUGUUUGUUGAUAAUUUUAGGUAAAGCAGGACUAGAUAGUAAUUUAAACAAUGCGCACAAGAAGAAAACUUACGGUCUGAAUUAUCAAUGCAAUCAAUGUGACAAAGGUUACAAAGAAAGUCCUUGAAGAGGUUCUACGCCAUCAAACACGCCAUGAAGAUGCCCGAAGUCAGUCAAAAUCCUUUCGAGGGGGCGCCGGAUGUUUCGCUGUACUGCAAACGGUGUGACAUUCAGUUCGAUUUGAAAAAUACGUUCAAAGAUCACCAGCAGUGCCUUCAAAAGACGGUGGUGUCUAAAGCUGAACAUUGUGCUUCGGCGACGGUUAAACAGGAGCCAAUGGUGAUCAACGAAAGCUCGUCAAAUAGCCACUACAACUUUCAAGAAUCUAUCGUGGUGAAGCAAGAACCGCAGCUUAGCGACAGCAUCUCAACACUACCCAUGGAAAUCAUCUUCAAGCAGGAACCGGCCACAAUCGAUGGCGCCAGCUCAUCUUUCUGCUACGAAACGGUGGUGAAAGAGGAAUUAAUUUUCGACGACACUGCUCAAGAGCAAAGCACUAGCCUAGCGAAACCGAAAGUAAAAGCGCGACAGGAAACGGUUCGGAAGUAUGACUGUCCCCGGUGCGAUCGCUCGUUUGGGAAGCAGUUCCUACUGAGAGAUCACACACGAGACCACGUCAACUUGGACACGGAGCGGUACAAGUGUGACGGGUGCGGGAAGUGCUUUGCGCGGAAAGGCAAUCUUGAAGUUCAUAAAAGGGUUCACGAAAAUGACACUCGCUAUGAGUGCCAAACUUGCCACGAGACAUUUACCACCCAAGUGAGCCUGACGAGGCACGAAAGAGUCCAUGUAAUGGACCCAAAAUUCGUGGAGCUUCUGGACAACAUUCCACAGGACGAGAGCGGCAAAUCGAUUUGCGCCGUAUGCAAUGCGAAGUUCACACAUCGCGAGCUAGCAUAUUGGCACCUAAGAAGACACAUUAUGAAGGUGGAAGGCCAUUUUUCGUGCAGUGCUUGUGGCCUGCGAGGUUUAACCAGAACUGCCCACCAAGUGCACAUGAAAAGGCACGAAAAUGCAAACGAGGUGCCGGAAGAACGCGACGAAGAUGGCCCAGACGAGGAACUACCCAAUCCGGAUGUCGUUUGCGUGAAAGGUGCUGCAAGGCACUGCAGAACUUGCAACAAAUUUUUCCCAACGAAAUAUGACCUGAACUCACACAUUCAACGGUCGGAAAUCCGGUUCCUCAAGCUGAAGUUAGCUGCCGUAAUUGGAUCUGAUGUGGAGGACAACCGAGAGAAAUCGAACAAUAUCAAAAAAGAUUGUUAAGCUAUCAGUCCAAUGAGGGGAGUUUUUCAUAUGUUUGGCAGGUUAAAGAUUCGUUCUAUUGUUUGUUGUUUAAACUUAUUUUCCGAAACCAUUGAAAUAAACUUGAUUCCUC